GCAAACAUUAAAUCGCAGGCGCAGUCAUUGGUUGGUCGGUGUUGUAGUGCGUCAUCCAACAAAUACCCGGAAUAAUCCGGGCGAUGGCAUCUCGCAACAAAAAAACAUGAACAGCUCAAAACAGAAUCGCUGAAAUCGAAGCUUUAAGAAACCAAGCAUCAAAAUAUACCACUGUGAAAUUAAUUGUAGUGUUGCUAUUUAUUUUUCUCCACUAGAUGAAAGUGUGCUACUUGACGAAAUGAAUUAUUAGAAACGAAUAACUCGAAUUCUUUUACGAGGCAAAAAUGAGCAGAUUCGAACCUGGCCCUUUAGUACCGCCCAAGCCCAACGGGACGAGGUUUCCGAGUCUUAUGUACCCAACCGAUCCCAAAGUAGAGCUUUGUGCUCGCAUUGAUACUUAUUACGAUCUCACCACAGCCGCUGUUUUCUUAGUGUACAUAGUUUUUGGAGUCCUUUACACGUUUUUAGGUUAUCAGUGCUUUAAGACGGUCAUGUUUCUCACCGGAUUUAUUUUCGCUUCGGCGAUUGUCUACCUGAUUUGUCUGCAAGGCGAACUCAUGCCGUCGUACGGAAAUGCAGGUGUUGCUCUGCUGGCCGGAGUGCUUUUCGGGCUGAUAACAAUGCUGGUCCAAUACGUGGGUCUUUUCGUGAGCGGCCUCCACACUGGCUUUCUUUUGGGGGUUGCGUCCCUCUUAACUGCCGAUUAUCUCAUAAACACAUCACCGAAAGGAUCAAUCUGGUUGUGCGUCGCUGUUUUGCUCGCAAUGGCGUUGCUAUUCGCAGUUUUGACUUUGUACUUUCGCAAAAGUCUCACCAUCGUAUGCACGAGUAUUUACGGCGGUGCUAUUUUCUCAACGGCUAUUGACUAUUUCAUGGAGCGAUUGUCGAUGAUCUCUUGGGUAUGGCAGAGGGUUUCUUUGAAACCGGUGGAACCCCCGCCUUGCUGGUUCUCUUGGAUUAUUUUGGCCGCCUGGCCGUCUUUCUUUCUGACAGGGUUGAUAGUGCAGUGCACGGUCACCGGCAAAGGGAUACACCACGAAGUUGCCAUUCGGAAGAAACAAAGAGACCCAAUGCUGCGCGGCCAAACCCGGGCCGAAAUGAGGCAAAACAAGUACAGAUAUUUGUACCAAGUGCGCACAGCUCACGGAGAUGUGAUAAGUAGAAAUUUCGUACAAGCCAUGCAGAGUAAGGAAGGUUCGCAGAGUGGAGGCAUAGGAGAAUGCAGCACUUUACAGUCGGACGCCACUCAUUUAACGAUUUUACCGGACUUGCAAUUGGCAGCGUAUGCCGAGAGCGAGGACGAUAGCCAAACAGAGGUUGUAACACAUCAUCAGUGAUUUAUCUAAUAUCCGUGUGUUUAUUUCCAUCAAAAAGUAUUGUGUAUUUUUCAUAUCUUUUGGAGACAAUAACGAAAUCAAAAAUUUUAAUUGUCUUGUCGAACAAAGUAGCGAAAUAUUGACGGAAUAUGUUCUCUCCUUUGUAUUAUUUUAAUAAAUACACCCCCACAAA